GUUUGCUCAAUAGUGGCAGCACAAAGCACACCUUCACCAGAUAACUACACGACCUAAUGUCGGUAACAGACGAGAAACUGGUACAGCUACUGCAGCUGGGCUUCGACUUGGAAACCAGUAAGUCAGCUCUCAUGAGCACUAGUACUGUAGAGGAAGCAGUUGAAAGGAUCCUUUCUGGCUCUCAAACUCAAAGCUCCGCCAUACACGCUGAGAGCGUGCAGUCGAACAGAACUGCUGAAAGCAUGGAAGUCACCAUGAACUCUGAAGACUUUACUUCCAGUAGUAUCUCGAGUCGAUACAGCACAGCCGGUAAAGAUCAAGAAUACAGGCAGACAGCACUGAGAUUAGCCUCGGAGAUGAAACGAAAGAAAGUGUUGGAGCAAGAGGCACAUCGGAGGGCGUUGCAACAAAUACAUGAGGAUCGAGAAACAAUAAAGGAACGAAACAUACGAAAUCCAGGAAAGUCGCAAAAAAGACAAGUUGAAAACUCAGAUAGUAAUGCUACAUCACUGGGUACGCUUGAACAAGUCUCAGCGAUUCAAGACAAAAUGAAGUUAGAGAAGCAAAGUGAAAAAGAGGCGCGGAGAAGGGUUUUGCAAAGCAUAGAAGAGGAUAAGCAGACUCGAAAGCGAAGCAACGCACAUAAAAUAACAAAUCCUGCGGAAUCGUCUAGUGCCAACCUAGAGAAACCUAAAGUUGUACAGAUGGGAGACCAUGCGCUUAUCCAAUUUCGGAUGCCAGAUGGCCAUGUGGAGCGAAAGCAAUUUACAGCUGAGGACACCAUUAAAACUAUCCUUGAAUACGCAUUGCAAAUUCUGUCUUCGAAUGAUUUUCGGCAAGGGUUGGAUAGUCUUCAAAUGUCUACCACUUUCCCAAGAAGAACGUACACUAUAGCGGAUGGCUCCUCAACUGCCAAGCAAACAGGAUUGGCGCCAAGUUGUACAUUAAAUGUAUCCAUAAUAGCAAGCGAAGCUCCACCGCAGGAUAAUACAUUUGUCGGAAGUGAAGGAACUUCGACUAAUAUUGAUAUGGUCAUUGAUUCCACUGAAAGUUCAUUCUUGACUAAUGACGAUAUUAAUGAACUGAAUGGCAUAGAUGUCCAUACGCUUGGAAUGCCACCACAGAUGGCCCGCCGAGGUCCAUCAGCCCGAGGUCGUAGAGCACGUGGCCAGCGUGGAUCUCAGCGUUUCAAUGCGAGGACUUGGGGUGGUGUAGGCAGAAGUCUUGCUGACAACGAUGAUCAUUCAACCGGUACAACGGGCGAAGGCAACGGUAUACCUGUAUCUAUCAACCCUCCAAUUGAAGAUCGAGAUGCGAUUAGGCAAAUACGAUCUCGGCUGCAUGGCAAUAAACCGAACGCUGCCAUGACUGAAACCAGCAAGGUCGUCAAAAAAUCUCAAAGGAAGAUCUCAUCACUGAGAGACAUAUGCACAUCCGCAGUGGCAGUAUUUUUAACCUCGCCAACAAAGCAGACAUCUGCUUACCUCAAGCCGCUGGACAAGGUCUCACCCGAGAUAGCCGCGGUGCUUCUUAACCAUCUUAUAUACAUGAGAAAGCUUGACCGGACUGUACUAAAGCGAUUGAUAAGCCAUUGCUACUUGCAAGAAUGUGUGUUUGAUGCAUACUCUUACGCAACGGAUUCCUUGCUGGACGAGCUAUGCCAAUCGGCAUCGUCUUGCUCCAUUCGCAAAUUAAGCUUAAGUGGCUGUGAUAUCAUUACCAGCGCUGGUAUUCAGCACAUUUAUACCUUGAGGUAUCUCGAACAUCUGGAUUUAAGCAAUUGCAAAGCAACGGACAAAUGCCUUGAUGCUCUUAUAAGUCUGCCUAAUCUCAAUCAUUUGUAUCUUUCCAAGACAAAGGUCACAUCCAAGGGCCUCGAGUAUUUCACACAGAAUGCUUUGUCCAGAGACUCUCUACAAACAUUGGUACUGAAUGGAUGUCAAGGCGUUGAUGGCGCGAAUACAUUCAGUCUUAUUUCAAACUUUCCAAAUCUACUAUUCCUCAACUUAGCCUCGUUAAAUUUACCAUCUCCAUGUGAUAUCCCAACCAGUUCUAGCUUCAAAGCCUUGGAAGCACUGGAUGUUAGCAAUACCGGAGUGUGCGAUGUGGAUGUCAGACGGAUAUUCAGUUGCAUGAAAAACUUACGAGAAUUUAAGCUGGCUGGCUGUCGAUCAAUAAGUGUGUUUGCAUUGUCGUUUCUUGGGCGAGAAUUGGGAAACUUGGAAGACAUUCGAUUCCCUAACCAAAAUCAAGAUCUCAAUGAUUGUCUCAUACACUAUAGCAAAUUGAAUAUGACCCAUUUGGACCUUGGAAACUUCAAAGAGACCAACGACGUUGGCAUGCAACACAUAGCCAAUAUGCACCAACUUCGUUUUCUCUCUCUGGAAGGAACACAAAUUACAGAUGACGGUUUAUUACUUCUCAAAGAAAUGGAGCAUCUCGAGCAACUGUUCCUUGACCGAACAACAGUUAGUGACCGGGGUAUAGAAUCCAUUCGCAAUUUUCCAUCUAUUGUGGCACUUUCGCUGUCGCACACAUUCAUUACCGACAAAACUCUACAUCUUAUCGGAGACCCAAUAACGACUCGCUUUACGCGAGUGAUCCGGAGCCUAAGUGUUGCUGGGUGCCAAGUUACGAAUAAGGGUAUAAAGAGCCUGAAGAGCAUGAUCAAUCUACAUUCUUUGAACUUGGACAGAACAAACGCUAAUGUGCGAUGCAAAGUCUAUUUACAAGGUUUGGAAUAUUUGCGACCAUUUCGAGUUGCCGAGCCCGUCAAUGAGGAUGAAACCAGUGACAGUAGCGAUCCGGACGCUACGGCCAACGGAAUGAUACUUUUUUAAUUGGUUGGUUCCCUUCAUGUUGUCAUAGUAAAGGAAUAAAUCAUGGCAUAGUCCAAGUAUAAAAUUAGAA